UUCAUUCAGUGCAAAGUGAUGCACAAUAACAUUUAUGUUGAGACGUAUAUGACAUUAGGAGGUUGUUGGCUACUAAUCUUCCAAACGUAAACAUUGCUUGCCGAGACAUCUCAAUUUCUUCGAAAUUUUGGUCAUUAAAAUUCAAUAAACACGGAUAAUGCCGGAAUAUUUUUAAUUCUAUUAACAUUUUUCGAUACAAGCAUGGCUUGGCGUUCCGUGGGAGCCAAUAAUGCCGAUCUUAUACGACAACUAAGAGAGUAUGGCGUAAUAGCUACCGAGGCUGUGGCACAGGCCAUGAUUGCAACGGAUCGAAAAUUCUAUUCGCCCCGAAAUCCCUACAUGGAUGCACCACAAAGCAUUGGUCAUGGUGUAACAAUUUCAGCACCUCAUAUGCAUGCCUUUGCUUUGGAAUAUUUGCGUGAUCAUAUGAAGCCCGGAUUUCGGGUCCUGGAUGUUGGAUCCGGUUCUGGCUAUUUAACAGCAUGUUUUUGGCGUUACCUGAAAGCACAGGACGGUGAUCAUGAAAACACACGGGUUGUGGGUAUUGAACAUCAAGCAGAGUUGGUAAAACAAAGUAUUGCCAAUUUGAAUAUUGAUGAUGACUCCAUGCUAAAAUCAGGAAAACUUAUAAUUGUGGAGGGCGAUGGUCGCAAAGGUGCUCCCGACUAUGCACCAUUUAAUGCCAUACAUGUUGGUGCUGCUGCUCCCGAAACACCUAAAGCUUUAUUGGACCAAUUAGCCAAGGGUGGCCGGUUAAUUGUACCUGUCGGACCAGAGGGUGGAGAACAGUAUAUGAUGCAGUACGAUAAAGAUGAAGCCGGUAAAAUUCAUCCAACACGUCUUAUGGGCGUUAUGUAUGUUCCCCUUACGGAUCUAAGGCGAUCCUGACUUCUCCAAGCUUUGAAGGUAGCCAUUGUAUUAUUUUUGUGUGGACUUGUGGCGUACCGUUUCUGGAUAUGGCUAAGAUGAAUCCCCAUGCGUGUUUUUAUUCUUUGAGAUAUUAAUUUGAAGAUUCUAUUAAUUUAUGUUCCUUUUGCUUGAUUGAACUUCAAUAAUAAUUUACGAUAUUAAUUUAUUUAGGAUA